UUGUUUUUUUUUUUUUUUUAAAAACCCCAAAACUUCACGGUACUCUAAACUUCUAAAAUGAGUCGAAUAUAUUACAACACAGCGUUACAAAAUAAACCUGUUCAUAACGAGAAAUUGUCCUCUUUGUGGGAGCCAUCUGUCUAUCAGACUGGCCCCGGAGUGAUUUUAGAGGGAACGUUUGUUGAUGUGUCUCGCCAUGCAGUUACUGACAUCAACAAUAAAAAGGUGCGCUAUAACGUCCUGUACAUCAAACCAAGUCGAAUCCACUACAGAAAAUAUGACUCCAAGGGUAAUGAGAUGGAGCCCAACUUCAGUGAAACCAAGAAAGUCAACACAGGUUAUCUUAUGUCAUCCUACAAACUGGAGGCUAAAGGUGAAUCAGACCGUCUUACUGAGGAACAGCUAAAGGGCAUAGUGAACAAAAAGGAACUGCUUAGUAUCACGCAGGAGCAUUGUCCCAACCAAGCCUUUGCGUUCUGGAUCUUGGAGGCUGAACUGGAGAAGACAGAGCUGGAGAUAGGUCAGGACAUCCGUUUAAAGACUAAAGGAGAUGGUCCCUUUAUCUUCUCCUUUGCCAAGUUGGAUGCUGGCACAGUGACAAAGUGCAAUUUUGCAGGAGAUGAGGCAGCUGGGGAAUCAUGGACAGACAAAAUAAUGGCAAACAAAGUAGAUGUGCCAAGCAAAGUGAAGCCAGCUGCACUGGGUGAAGGGGCUGAGGAGGACGAGUGGGAUGACUGACCAGCAUACAGAAUACAUGGAGGAAAAACGUGGCAAGCAUUUUCUCACCCUGACAUACUUAAUACAUCCAAAUACACUUUAUACCGAGACAUACUUUAUACAGUAAGCACUGAUGUGUUGAUAUAAACAUGUUUUAUGUAUAGUAGUAAUAAAUUACAUUUUAUUAAUAA